AUGGCCACUCCAGAACUGGGAAAACCUCAUUUAGGGACUAUCGAGGAGUCUGGCUUGUCUGACACGCAGUUGUCCCGAACUGCCAGCGAUGUUUCUGACCAGAGUGAUGAAGAAGGAUUCACAUACCCUGAGUCAGACUCGGAAGAGGAGGAAUUUGUUUACCCUGGUACCACUGAGGAGACCGCCGCUGUUGCUGGUGGAGGGGAGUCACCUUCCUCAGAAAAUAUGGCCACUUCCAUUGCGGAUCCAGAAGCAGAGCAAGAGCAAAUACCCGUCUCACUUCCUAUGGUGCCAGUAGAUGUGAUUGCAUCUCCAGUAUCUUUGCCAGCUAUACCCGCGACCCAACCUCAUCCAUCUCCUGCUCAGUUGGAAGCUUUGUCUGCAGCUGCUUCUUCUGGGGACCUGUCUCUUUUGAAGAAGCUCUUCCAGACAGCUUCGCAAGGCAGUCAAGUUGAGGCCUUUGCACUGUCAAAUGACGCGUCCCCUCGAACAGGCUUUACUGUUUUGCAUGCCGCAGCUAGUCGAGGUUACUUAGACAUUGUCAAGUGGCUCACCGUCGUCUCAGUGGUAGAAGAUUGCGGUGCAAUUCCAGAUCUAGAGGAUCGCGAGGGAGAAGUAGGUCACAAGACUGCUUUACACAAAGCCGCUCUUCAUGGCCACCUACCAAUUAUCACAUAUUUACUACCGGAUAGAGCAGACGUGAAUGCUCGCGAUGCUGACGGCUGGACAGCUCUCCACAACGCCUGUUCAAAAGGCUAUCUUGAUAUUGUGAGGUGGUUAUGUGAGCAUGGAGGUAUUUCUAGUGUGGACGUUCGGAGUAAAGGUGGAUGGACUCCUCUUAUGAAUGCAGCGUCAAAAGGACACUCGCCUAUCGUCAUAUAUCUACUUACAAAGCAAGAAGCAAAUCCUCUUGUCCGGAAUAUUUGGGGUGAGACUGCAUAUGACGCUGCUGCUGCAGUAUUCGAGGUAUGGAUAUGUGAGGUCCUACAAAAAUCAGAAGCAGAGCGAUGGCGCAGAACGACUGUCCCGUACAACCCUCUCGCGGUGCACACGACCGUCCCCUUGAUCCUUUACGAGAACCAGCGUCUGGACGCACGGCUGAAAACAUUGGCAGUGUCCGGUGGGAAGCCGAAGUGGUCACACUAUGGCCUUGGUAGGCCGGGUCGGCGUGCACUAUUCGAGUUGAAACUGCCUUCCCCAAAUGACGCGGGCGCCACACUAGUUGCUGCCUGGCGAAGUGGUGUCCAGCUUCCACUCAUCGGAGAUCCUUGGUCAUUACCAGAAACAGGCUCCAGGGACAGGCCCGCCGUUGAGGACUCCGAAAGAAGUCACUUCUGGCUGUCUGAUUGGACAUUGGAUUACCCUGGCGUUGAUGUGGAGGCAGCCUGGGAAUAUGCAGAGGACUUUUCCUCACUCGAUGAAGCCUGGAUUGCCGAACCACCCCCUCAGCUUCAGCGUUUACUGAGCGGGAGUGGACUCAUGACAGCUAGCUUGGGCACUCCUUCCAGAAGCCACAGCCGUACAAGCAGCAGUAGCUCAGUGACCUCCGCAUCUGUGGCCGCACGCGCUCCGACGUGGGUAAGACGCAGACGCUGGGUCCGCGUGAUGCGUCGUAGGCUUGACAUCCCACCUCUACCGUUCCAGGAGCCGGAUGGAGCCAUGUACCAUCUUACAUCUGACGGCUCUCUCGUCCCAUUUACCGAGAACGACCAGGGCGAUUUUGGAGAAGGCGAAGGACAGGAACUCGGAGCGAUGACCUCCACAAGACUGUCAUCGGCCCAGGACUACGUCUCUCGUGCUUGGUAUCUAGUCGGAACUCAACGGGAUGCUGUCGUCGGCGAGGAGACUUUAUCUGCUGUCGAAGCAAGGCGUGCUAUUGCCAAACUUGAGCGUGCAACCACUGAAUUGCGACAGGGUAUUCUUAAUGGUAUCCAAGGCGAUGGUGAUACAGAACGAAAAACUCAGGCUGAAGUCCUGCUCAACACCUACAGCAGAGAGCUCGAGCGUCGCCGACUCGCGGCUGGUAAUCAAAGAUGGCUCAUCUCCGGCCCAGAUGAUGAUUAUGUGGAAGACGACGAUGAGGACGAAGAGGAGUUCCGCUACCCUGGUUAUACGCCUUCAGGCGCGCCUAUCCACCCAAAUUCUGUUUCUCAUCCACCUACGGAUUUGACUCCUCACCUCUCUCAGGCACCUGACUUCCGUGUGCCCACCCACGAAGCACCUCAGAAAGUUUUAAGUCCCAGGUGGACUGCCCCGACGCCUUACCAAGUCCAUGCGCAAUGGGAAAGAGACGAUAUGGUGUCCAAUUGUAAUGACUGUCAUCGACGGUUCGGAUUUCUUUUAAGAAGACAUUGUCGCAAGUGUGGUCGGAUUUUUUGUGACCGUUGCUCUUCUCAUCGAGCACUUCUCGAUCCGUCCGUUAUUGUUCGUGACCCUGUGUUUCCGGAAUCCGCAGCAUCCUCUUCAACUCAGCGUGUCUGUCAAGGGUGUCACGAUGAAAUCAAUGCCAGUCUCCCCACCAGAUUCUCAGGCUCCACCUCGUCCACCAUGGAAAGAAUCGUGGUCGAUCAAAGAAGGCUCAUGGCCCCUGGACAGCUUCACAGGCAGGAGUCUAGUUCGCAACUAAGCGACCUUGCAGAGUGCCCUGUGUGCAGCACUAGCCUUGCAGAUCUUGGACUACCGGCAGAACAAGAAGCCCACGUGAAGAUUUGUCUAGAAGGAGACGCUGAGACAACACCUCAAGCUGCUAAAUAUCUGGUUUAUAAGUUACCUGGCGAGAGCGCACUUCUGGGUGUCGAAUGCAAGUUUUGUUUUAUUACUCUUGUGUGA